CCCUACAUGGACAGACCUGCUCUCAUCAUAGGGUGACGGCUCAGCACGAAGUCCCAGCAGUCCGGACUAGGACUUUCAUCUAUGACGUCAUGAGGAGCGGAGUGGGAGGAGGAGGUGUGGAAGGGAAGGAUGAAGCAUUGCUCGGGUCUACAGAGAAAGAAAGGAUCUCCGCUAACAGGGAGGAUCACAUCCAUUCCCCAUCCAUCCCAUCACUAGAGAGGAAUCUGGCCGGGAUCGGAGCUUUCCUCCUCUACACUCAUCGUCUUCUGCCCAGGAUCGCUGAUCGCAGCUUCUGGGGACAAGUUGUGUGCGGAGUGUGAGAUGAUGGGGCGGUCAGGGGAGCCUGCUGGAGUCAGUCUAUGGACGGGGCUCCUUCUUCUUCUCAUCACUGGAGGACUGCUUAUUGAGGGAACCCCACCACAGCUCACCUACCACCGCCCGGCACAGAGGGGCAAGAACUGGUGUGCGUACAUCGUCAACAAGAAUGUCAGCUGCACGGUCAUGGAAGGGACCGAGAGUUUUAUCCAGCCUCAGUACAAAUGUGCCUGGAAUCAGGUUCACUGUCAGCCAACAUUAACGUAUAAGGUAAGCUUCAGGCCGAGGCACGUAACAUCCUAUAAAGUGGUUACAGAGCUAGAGUGGAGGUGUUGUCCAGGUUUUAAGGGUCACGACUGCAGUGAUGCACCUGCAGACAAGAUAAAGCUGACUCCUAUACAGACACCUCGACCGAGUGGGGGAAAGAAGGAAAAAGAUCCAAAUGGACAACCACAAAAAGCUCAAGACUCCAAGCAAGAGUUUCAAGAAUUGAAUGAAGCACAAGAGAAAAAAAUUCAGGGUCUUGAGGAAGAGGUACUUCGACUCACACAGACUAUGAUUGAUCUACAAACGUCUGUGUCAGGAGUGAAUGAAAACUUAAAGAUAACUGUUCAGGAAGACGUCAGUACGUUUUUAAAUGCAUGGCUAAACAACUUGGCACCGACUGCUAGUGCCACCGGUGGCAAGACAGAAUACUUUUUGCCUGGAUUUUCUGCGAGUGCUGAGAGAGAGGAUGGGACAAAAGAUAUUGUUUCUGAACUAACAACUGCCCGAAAAGAACUACAGACUAAGUCUGAGCAAAUUGAAGACCUGAACAGAAAAAUAAAUUUGUAUGAGGAACGAUUAAUUGAACUAGAGAAAGUAUCCCAUGGACCAAUAGGAACAGCAUCUAGUGUUAAUGUGCAUCAGGCAGACCUGGAUGACAAACUAGAAGCCCUGAGAAAUGAGAUGAUGGAGGGUAUGGACCGGAAAAUGGCUGAUCUGAAGAACUCUUGCGAAUAUAAAUUAAUAAACAUUCAACAGCAAUGUGAAGAGAAUGAGAAUAGCUGUUCAGGAGUCAAAGAAUUUGUUUUGGAACAAGACACAGAACUGCGGAAUGAAAUAAACAAGUUGAAAUCUCAAAUGGAGACUGCGCCAAAUGGCAGUUCAGGUUGUUGUAAGAAUGUUGCUUUUGAUGCCACUCUUAAGGAUCUGAAUGAAAAAGUUGAGAGAAUUGCUGAUGCUCACCGAGCUCUUAAUUUCCGAAUAGAUAAUGAAGUGCAGCAUCUUAAUGUCCCUCACCCAGACCAGUCAUGGAAUGAAAGAUUAAAUGACUUAGAGUUUAAAGUAAAUGUCACGGAAAAAAAUGCAGAGGAACACUGCUUUUACAUUGAGGACACACUGAGAGGUUUAAUAAAUAAUAGCACAGAAGAUAUGAACAGUCUAAUUGACCAAAAAUUCCAACUGCUAGAGAAUAGGCUGGAUGAACUCAGCAAGAAUCAUGCUUCUACUGAUUCCAGUCAUUCAUUUUCUGGUACUGUCCUAGAAGACCUUGACGACUUAAAAGAUACUGUAAAAAAGCUUGACACUGAGCUGAAAACAGCACUAUUUGGCAAGAAUGGUCACCUAAAUAACAAGGAGGGUGAUGGUAGUUAUCAAGUCUUAGUUCAGACCCAGUUGAGCAAUUCUGUUUUCUUAAAGUCACUGAUUGAUACAAUGAAUGAAAAAUUUGAACAUCUCCAGAACAAGACAUCAGAUCUGGAAACCAUACAAAGUGAACUCGGCCAAGUUAAAUUUGACCUUUACAAAAUUGAGGACAAUGUUGAUUUAUUAAAUGAAAGAUUUAACUCAAUGAAAGACCAGUUGAAGAAUUUGGACUCUACUGUUAAGAACACUCAGCUUGGUCUAUCUGCAAAAGUAGAUAAAGUUACUAACCUUCUUAACAAUACUUCAGACACUUUUGUGAAUGGCAAAUGUUGUGGUGACCUGCAAGACAAGUUUGAAGUAUUAAAGCAUAACCUAACUACUGACAAAGGCAAAUGUACAGAUAACACUCAGGGAGUCCGAACAGAGAUUGCUAAUGUUGAUGCCAGAGUUUCUAAGCUGGAAAGUGUGUGUGGAAAGCUGGAUACAAUUUCUGGCAGCCUGCAACGAAUUAAAGAUGGGCUUAACAAACAUGUUACCAGUUUAUGGAACUGUAUACACAACAUCAAUGGGACAAUAAAGUCACAUUCCAAGGACAUUUAUGGCCUUAAGAAUUCAGUCCAGGUGUUCCAAACUCAGAUCACCAAUAUUGCUACUGAUCUGCAGGAUCUUAUUAAGCGUCAGCCUGGGGAAGGUAAAGAACCAGAAAAAACGACACAAGUUAAAGCUACACAGCCACCACCAAGAGUAACAGAGAAACCCAGAGUUCCACAGCGUCCAGUAAUCCCCCAGGUGCCUAUCAUACCUUCACUCCCUGAGCAACCCAAACAACCUAAAGAACCACAACUACCUCAAAAACCAACUGACAAAAAACCAGAGCAACCAUCAUCCGAACCAGAGCCACCAAGCCCAACUGGCUCUAUUGUGAUACCUCUUGUUCCUGGAAGAAAUGGUGAUAUUAUUAUGGAACAUGGCCAAGCUGGCCCUCCAGGAAGAAUCAUCCAGUCUGGAUCGGGAAGACCUCAAGGUGCCGAUGGACAGAAAGAAAUGGAGAUGUCUAAAGGCUUUGCUGGAGCACCCGGAUACCCCAAGCCAUCAAAAGAACCUAAAGCUCCUACAACAGUAGAAAUCUUUCCAGAAUCUAUAGGAGUUACUGCUAUGGCAGCUCUAAUAUCAUUUUCUGCUGGACUAACUAGGCACUCUUUUGAUGUUGGAAUCAUUCCCUUUAACCAUGUGUUGGUUAAUGAUGUAGAUCAUUAUAACCCUACUACAGGAAUCUUCACAGCUCCCAUUGAGGGUCGAUACUUGAUCACUGCGGUCCUCACUCCAGAGCAGGAAAAUUACAUAGAGGCUGUUCUGUCUGUGUCUAAUGUCAGUGUGGCACAGUUGCAUACAUCUGGAUACAGAAGAGAGCUUCUGGAAUAUAGCGACCUCAGACCGGGAAGACAAAUUUGUGGUGGUGUGGGGACAUUUAACCUCGUUCUGCACUUGAAGGCUGAUGAUGAAGUCGGCAUUGUCUUAACAGGAGGCAAGCUUGCCAGUUCAGACUCUGAUGAUAUGUAUUCUACAUUUAGUGGUAUCUUUUUAUACCCAUCUUCCUUUCAGAGAUAGCUCUCUCCUCUCCAAUGAAGAGACAUUCAGAAAAGACAUUCAAUACAAAUGAAUUUGAAGUGUUAAUAUAUACUAUUUGCAAAUAAGUACUUAUUUUGUGAGUGAAUGUAUAAUAUGUGCUCUACCGUUCGGUAUUCAUAUAUUUCUAAAAAAUGCUUUUGCAAUGCUUUCAACACCUUUUUAUACAGCAAAAUAUUUUCUAAAAGUUUGUUAAGUCAACUUUGUGUACUGUUCUUAACUUUUCUAUGUUUUGUUUUUACCACUGAAAAUAUUUUUGCAUGUUUUUAGAUUUUUUACUGUCCUUUUUUUUUUUUUU